AAUGGCUUCCUCAUCUUAAUUAAUAUUCAUUGGACUUAUCCAUUUUGAUAUAAGGGAAUAGGAUAUAAAAAUAAUAAAAAAAUAAAGCUUAGCUUAAAUAGAGGAUAAUGAUAUAAAGGAGUUUUUAAGAAAUGAAUAAGUAUAUGAAAGAAAUAGAAAUAAAGAUCAAUCUCCCUCUUUUAAAAGAAUGGAGAAAAAUCAAAGUUAUUUAUUGGUUUUGUAACCAUAAUUAAUGAAUCAAGUGAAUUAAACAUUAAAGGGAAUAGAGGAUCAUAUAUCAGAACAUCUACCAACUGAAUUACCUGAAGAUGAAUGGAAAUAAAGAGCAAUAAAAAUAUUAUUGACUUGGAAUCUAUCAGAAAAGAAUGAAUUAGCUAAGUUCGCAACAGGAAGUGAAUAAGUAGAGAAACACUUUCUAUAAUUUGGACUUUUAUUUUUAGUAUUGGCAGUUAUAGGAUAUGUAAUGAUAUAUGUGAUGAAACAUAUGAUUUGAG